AAAUUUAGGGGUAAACCUAUACUUUUCUGAAACUUGAAACAGCGGGGAAUGAAUGGGUAGAGAAGAUUCAUCGCUUUGUUGGGUUAACUGAGUAUGAUUUUGUGAUGGAAGUGCAGCUAAGGCAGACACCACCACACUUCCUUCUUCCGCUAUUCCAAUCAAAACCCAACUUCCCAAUCCCAUCUCACAGGUUGUCCGAAAGUUUGUUUUUUAAAUCUUGGGCAAACAGUACAGGAUUUCUUAAGAAACAUUUAAGAGGCUCAGUUGAGAAAUGGAGAUUCCAUAUUCAGGAGAUGUCAGAGGGUCAAUGCUCAGCCAAGCAUUACUUGGUUCAUGUUGUCAAAAGGGGUGAAACUUUGAGUUCAAUUUCGAAGCAGCAUGGAGUUUCUAUGUAUGAAAUUGCUGCAGCUAAUAGGAACAUAGUGGAUGUUGACCUUGUUUUUGAAGGUCAGCAGCUUAACAUUCCUUCAGCAUCCACAUUAAUUCAAGCGGUUGGGAGAAGUUGGUCAGCUUACUUUAGAUUACCUAAAAAGGAUCAUUUCUCUUUGAAUAUCUUGAAUGGAGUAUUGGACCAGAAGAAUUUAAGUGUGCUAUAUUAUCGGUGUACGCCUCAUGGUUUUCCAUCAUAUUAUCAGGCUAGAACUGUUUGUGGUUUUCUAGUUCUGGCGCCACUUAUGGCAUUUUGUGUCAAAUGCAUAAUUAGUGCCUUUCACACCAGAGUUUUUGGAGAGUUGAGACACAAAGCUGUGAAUGAAUCAGUUUUAAAGAAUCAUAGGUCCAGAGGUGAGCGAUGGAGAUAUGCUCUUGGUGAUGCAUGGGAACCCGAAAAGUUAGAUACUGAGUCAAUUUUGGAUUCCACUGAUCAAUCUGAAGAUCUGGUUGAAAUUUCUUUUGAAGAGUCAUCUCAUGAUUACAGAAAACUUGAACAAGAUUAUCAAGAAUUUCUAACAAAGUGUGGAAUGAGCAAUUGGGGGUAUUGGCGUGGUGGUUCAACAAGGUGAACCCUUAUUUUGGUUUCCUUGAGCAAACCAUUAAAUUAGAUUAGAUUAGAUCCCUCUUCUUUUUUCUUGUUCUUGUUAUGUUUUUCUUUAUCUGGUUUCCCUUUCCUUUUCGAGUAAAAAAAUAAGUCCCCUCAUUAGAAAUUUGUACAGAAUUAGCUUGUGUAGAUGCUUAUUUAUUGGCUCCAAGAUAGUGGGAAUAGAUUGGAAUUUUAACCAUUACUAGAAUUGAAAUGAAAAUGAAUGUUAAUUGGGAUUUGAAA